CCCGCUGCUCGGCAUCACCUCCCACAGACGCACAGCGGCAGCUCAGCUUUUAACCCACGAUGAUAUUCAAGGCACUUGCGACUCGUCCGCGACGGUAGGAGAGAAGAGGAAGAAAAGGGAGACAACCUCACCUCCUCAAACAACGAGUGAGGUAGAGGAGCAGAGCCAGAGAGGAAGAGGAGAGACAGUGGAGUUAUACCAGAGACACGACGGCGGCUUGGAGCUCCACAGAGGAGUGUCUGAUCGCGUGCGCCUUCACAUCAAAAGUGUGUAAUUUUACACAGAUUCGACAUGUCAUCGUCCGGUAAAGACAACAGCGCUGCCCAGCACGCCAAUUACGUGGGACCUUACCGCUUGGAGAAGACGCUGGGGAAAGGACAGACAGGUCUGGUAAAGCUUGGAGUCCACUGUGUAACGUGCCAGAAAGUUGCCGUAAAGAUUGUCAACCGUGAGAAGCUCAGUGAAUCCGUACUUAUGAAGGUGGAGCGAGAAAUAGCUAUUCUGAAGCUCAUAGAACACCCACACGUUUUAAAGCUGCACGACGUCUACGAAAAUAAAAAAUACUUGUACCUUGUCCUAGAGCACGUGUCUGGGGGUGAACUGUUUGACUACUUGGUGAAGAAAGGAAGGUUAACACCUAAAGAGGCUCGGAAAUUUUUCAGACAAAUCAUGUCUGCCCUGGAUUUUUGCCACAGUCAUUCCAUAUGCCACAGGGACCUAAAGCCAGAGAACCUGUUGCUAGAUGAAAAGAACAACAUCAGGAUAGCAGACUUUGGCAUGGCGUCCCUUCAGGUUGGAGACAGUCUGUUGGAAACCAGCUGUGGAUCUCCACACUACGCAUGCCCAGAGGUCAUCAGGGGAGAAAAGUACGAUGGAAGAAAAGCAGACGUUUGGAGCUGUGGCGUUAUUCUUUUUGCCCUCUUGGUGGGCGCCCUGCCAUUUGACGAUGACAACCUAAGGAAUCUCCUGGAGAAGGUUAAGUUGGGAGUGUUUCACAUGCCACACUUCAUCCCUCCAGACUGUCAGAAUCUUCUCCGUGGGAUGAUUGAAGUGGACGCCUCCAAAAGACUAACGUUAGAAGUAAUCCAGAAGCACACGUGGUACAUUGGGGGUAAAAACGAACCGGAGCCCGAGCAGCCUGUGCCUAGAAAGGUAACCAUCCGCAGCCUUCCCUCCGCAGAAGACAUCGACCCAGAUGUGCUGGACAGCAUGCACUCCCUCGGCUGCUUCAGAGACAAAAACAAACUUCUGAAAGACCUGCUCUCAGAUGAUGAGAACCAGGAAAAGAUGAUCUACUUCUUGUUACUUGAUCGGAAGGAGAGGUACCCGAGUCAGGAGGACCAGAACCUUCCACCUCGCAAUGAGAUCGAUCCCCCAAAGAAGCGGGUGGAUUCUCCCAUGCUGAAUCGUCAUGGCAAGAGAAGACCGGAGAGGAAGUCCAUGGAGGUCCUCAGCAUCACAGAUGGAGGUUCUCCAGUUCCUGCCAGGAGGGCGAUCGACAUGACGCAACAUGGACAAAGUAAAUCAGUGUUCAGUAAAAGCUUGGAUAUUCCUGACGGCAGAGCAAAAUACAGCAAAGAAGAAAGGUCGCGGUCUAUUAGUGGAGCCUCUUCAGGCCUCUCCACCAGCCCUCUUAGCAGCCCACGGCCUAUCAGAAAGUUUUGUGUGCCACCUCAGUCCCCUGACUUGACUGAGUCCCCUAACGCCAGCCCCUGUCCAUCCCCUGAACCUCUUCCAAAUCGCACAGGCACACGUAUCUCCACCCCCAACUCACUUGCUCCAAACAGUGAGCUCCUGCCAGGAGCGCUCAACAAGACGCAAACACUCCCCACCAAGCCCAAAGUUACUCCAAAGCCUCUACAAGCAACACGAUCAAAUCCUCUGCCUGAAACUUCCUCUGAUCCACUUCCUGCAGCCAAAUCAGAACCCUCCACUCCCUGCCAACCUCCAUCACACCCACCCUCUGCCUCUGUGCCUCCUACUCCUACUUCUCCUUCCUCCCCAUCCCCCUUUCCUUUCUCACCCAUCUCCUGUUCCCCCAUCCCGAACAGCCCCCAGGUACGCCGUUCCCACUAUGCUGCCAACCCCCAGCUGUCUGUGCCCUUUGGUCCAAUUGCACCGCUGUCGCCCAUCCGGCUUCACCACUUUCACCCUGUGGUGCCCUUUCCUUCUCCUUUUACUGACCACCCGCCCAAAUCUAUCCCCCUCAUACAGGUUACCCCUCACCCUUCCCCUCGAGGCAGUCCCCUCCCUACCCCAAAAGGCACACCAGUGCACACUCCAAAGGAUAGCCCUUCUGGGACUCCAACUCCCACGCCACCACCAAGCCCGUCCAUCGGAGGCAUGCCAUGGAGGACGCGUCUCAACUCCAUCAAGAACAGCUUCCUUGGUUCACCACGCUUCCACCGCAGGAAACUCCAAGUUCCUACACAAGAAGAGAUGUCCAGCCUUACACCAGAGUCUUCCCCUGAACUUGCCAAAAAAUCCUGGUUUGGUAACUUCAUCAACCUGGAGAAAGAGGAGCAGAUCUUUAUCGUCAUCAGAGACAAGCCUCUCAGCUCCAUCAAGGCAGACAUUGUUCAAGCGUUCCUCUCGAUUCCCAGCUUGAGCCACAGCGUCAUCUCUCAGACCAGUUUCCGGGCGGAGUACAAAUCCACAGCCGGCCCCACAGUCUUCCAGAAGCCGGUCAGAUUUCAGGUGGACAUCACCUACACGGAGAGCACAGCCGCCACAAAAGAGAACGGCAUCUACUCUGUCACCUUUACCCUGCUCUCAGGACCGAGCCGGCGUUUUAAGCGAGUGAUCGAGACAAUUCAGAGCCAGUUGUUAAGCACACAUGAUCAACCCGGGGUCCAACAGCUCUCUGAGAGGAGACUCCACCUCCAUCACAAACACAGCUUCAUAUCCUCCAUCCUCCCUUUCCAUUCUUCUCAGUGUUCACCAUCGUUGACUACCCCUUCGUCUCCAACCAUCCCAUCGGUGCUGAUGACCCUCGUAAUGACCUGACUUGUUUCUUACACCAGGAAUUAUCCAGAAAACCUAUUAAAGUCCCCCCUGCUCCUCACUUCAUCCACCCUUCCUCCAACACCCAUCCACCCCCCUCAAGCAUACCAAGAGAGUCGGACAUUUGCUGAUGGAAGCCAGCUUUCGGAGUUAUCGUGGACGCAGAGUCAUCCUCCUCGCUUCGCCUUUGGCAAAUAAACCUCCCCCGCCUAAACUCCUGAGUCUACACUUCUACAGCCAAACGCACGUGCGCACAACAUGAAGGCACACUCUCGUCGCCAACUACCACUCCUCCCCUUCCCCUCAGUUUUAACGGCAUUCUUUUCAAAUUAGUCAAAAGCACUAAAUGCAGGCAUAUACAUGCACAGGUCCAGUAUGCACAGAAAACUCUGGGAUGUAUUAAAAAAAAUGAGCGACAUCCAAAUAAAAAGAGACUUGCAGAAACCCGGGGAGGAAAGAAGUUUGCAGAACGUCCAAACAGCUGAAGCAGAUGCUCACAGGAUUGUACUUGUUGGUUUUUAAAUGUACUUUUAUUGUGAUGAACUGGGUUUGAAUUACUGAUUUUGUUAGACUUGAUCCUAUUGCUGCAACACGGACUGGAAUUGUGAUAAUGGACGUCAGGAUAAUGGGACAGAGGGCAGCUGGGGGAGUUAAAAUGAGAGUCUAGGGUAUGGGGGUGGUUUUGUGGGUAUUUAAAAUGAAUGAUUUAUUCUGUUGUACAGACCGAUUAUUUCUAAUGUAAAAAGAAUGAAAUGUCUAGUUGUGGCACUGUUUAGAUACCAUAGAACGGGUUGGUAAACCUGCCGCGUUCCGUUAUUUUAAGUUCUUGAGUGUAUUUUUGUUACAUGAUAAUUUGUCUGACCUGAAAAUGAUUCAAACAUUCCUGUUUCCUGUUAUCUGCAGCACUUUGGGUUUUUUUCUGUUUGUACCUCUCUCCAAGUCUCAAAUACCAGCAGUAGGAGUAGAGGACCCCAAAAAAAAAAUGUGAUGAAUGCAAUUGUGGAUAUUUUUGUAUUGUUGUCCUUAUUUAUUCAUGUUUGUCCAUCUCACCGUUUGAUUCCUAAUUUAUGAUAACUUGGCUAUUUAUAUGAACAACGCUGUUAGGUCAGUUGAAUGUCAUUUACUACCCUUUUGUGUGUUUGUAAAUGGGACAUUUAAAGAAAAGUCCUUUUAUUUAAAUUGCUUUGUUCAGACUUGAACAGAAUUACGUGAACUUUAACUAAAAUUCUCUAUUUCCAGGCCUCGCUGAAGAGGAAAUAAGAACUUGUGGGAACUCUGGGAGAGAAAAAAAAAACGACAAGUCAUUUAAGAAUGUAGAUUUAGCCUUUUUUGGAGAGGGAAUAUGCUCUUCAAUUGAUAUUUGUCAGUUUCAUAUUGUUGUGCGUGUACGCCAGGCCUGAGGAGGACGCCAGCCUUCUCUUUGUAAAUACAGACGAGCUGUGGGGGGUGUGGUGUGGGUUGAUUGUCUUCUCGAUCAUGCUGGGGAUUCCUGCUCUAUGCUUUUAUAGCUUGUUAUUGCUGUGUGCAUGUCAAACAUGAGCUUUUCUUUGCAUGGCUUUAGUGUUGAUGUCCCAUGCCAAACUCACUCCUCCUCUCAGCCUUCAUUGGUUCUCAAGCUCCAAAUCUACCUUUAAAGCUUUUAUGUUUUUCUUUAUUUUUUUUUGUUCAGCCCAGCUAAUUUUACCCUCCUCUUAUCUUGUGCACAAUGUUUUUUAAACAAUGCUUCCUUUACUCUGUACCUCUCUGUGGAAGGCUGUGAGGCCUGGGCUCUCUCUACCUGAUGGUUAAAGUGGCACAGGAAGGAAAAACCAGUUCUACAAACUCAAAAGCAAUACCUGAUGUUCACCCUCCUUUCUGUUUACUAUAAAAACUCGCAGCACUAAGGACAUUCAAUGAUUUUAGGCCCAGUGGGGUCUUUUAACAGAGCAGGAAUGAAACUUUCUGAUGUAACUCCCCAUAUAAAACUGUGAGCAUCUCCAGUGCUGAAACAAAUAAAGUCAUUCAGUUACAGUG